AUGCCUUCAAAGCAAGUUAAGAAAAGGAUUUACAACUCUUGUGGAUUAGAUCGAGGAACAGCAGAUAGAAAGAUAUUCGAUGCUUUAACUUAUAUUGAAGAUACUUUUGUAGUGAAGUUUGAAAACGAAUAUUCAUUUAUCCAUGAUUCAAUUUACGAAACCGGUGCAUACCACUAUGGAAAUGAAUUUCCAGAACACAUAUUGGAGUUUAUGCCAAGUAACUUUAUAGCCAAUAAAGUUGUUGUAGAUGGGAAUCCUUCAUUUGAUGAUUUAAACAUAAAGAUAAAAGAAAGACACUUUUCAAAAUUAGCUGAAAGAUUAUAUUUAGAUCUAGAAUCAGACAAACUGUUUGACGUUUUUAUGAACAAGGCACUUAAAUAUCAGCCAUUCCUUUAUGUGUUCUUUCAGUUGAUGAAAAAGAAAUCGUACGAGGACUUUAAGAUUACAUUUUUUACUCCAAUCACCAGGAAUUGUGAACAUUUGAUAGAUUACGAAGACAAAGCGGGGAGAACGUUUGAGAAUAUGUAUCGUGAUGAAACCUUCAGGAGAGAACUUUUAACAGAUAAAAGAGUAAAAGUUCAACAAGAACAACGAGAACAACAUUACGGCAUACGCGGCAAUGACGUCACUUAUACAAUCAGAUUGAUUAGUUGGGUUGUUUAUUACGGGCACACUCUCCUUUUACAAGAAAUUGUUAAUCACGUUCAUGAUCAUAACGAUUCUACUGACAUCGUGUUCGGUUCAAAUAUAGAAGAACAAACCAGAUUACUGAUAUUGUCUGUUUACAAUGGCGAUCCAUGUAUGGUGGAACUAAUAUUAAUGUACAUGAAAAAAGAGAGCAUAGACGCUACACCUAUGUAUAUGUCCGACAUCGACUACCUUGAUGAAAAUUAUCAUAGGACUAUCGAACCUCUAAAUGCAGCUUGUCACUAUGGUGAUUUGCAAAUUGUAAAAGUAUUAGUACAGUCUGAUGUAAAUGUCAACGUGUGUGAGUAUCACGAGUUUCCGUUAAGUGUUGCAACAGAGAAUGGAGAUUAUGAGAUGGUUAAAUACUUAGCCGAAAACGGUGCAAAUGUCAACGCUUUUAAACCUCGUGUUCAUAUCACAGAUGGUAGUGCACCACCCUUAUAUAUAGCUUCAGCGUAUGGAUAUACUGCUAUAGCGAACUGUCUUGUACAAAACGGCGCCGACGAGAACAAGGAUAUGUUUUAUGAAAGGACACCUUUAUUUGAAGCUUCAAGUCGGGGUUUCAAAGACAUCGUAAAAUUGCUUGUUGAAAACGGCGCAGAUGUCAACUUUUGCGAGCACGAAAAAAAAUCACCACUAUUUAUUGCCUCAGAAGCUGGCCAUUCAGAAAUUGUUUCGUAUUUGGUUAAAUGGGGUUGUGAUAUUAACUUAUGA